AGAACCAAAGAAGAUAAGUCAGAGCACUUAACUCAGAAUCGAACAAAUGUGAGUUACCUUUCUGAUAUCGAUAAAACAGGCACUGCAUUGUGGGAAAUCAAGUCAUCGUUGUCCUUCGCCAUGGGAAUGUGGAAUUCUCAUAUUCUACGUGGCUUUCGGUAAAGUCACGUAGAUAGAAAUAUCCUCGCUGGCUCAGUGGCAGAUGCAGGUGAACGCCUCCUGACGUCUUACUGGAGCAGGGAGACAGUAUCUUUGCGGUCUUGCGUUUUAUUUCUACAUUCUAGAAUUUCUUUUCACACAUUUCGUGUUUUUGUCGGGUUGUAUAUUGUUGUGUUAUCGACUUCUGGUGGAUCAAGGAGAGCCCGUAUCAUGAUUUAUCAAGGAUAUCCAGGAGCAGUACCUAGUGAAAAUAAUUGGGUAAAAACAUUCUGGUCGGCAGAAUAAGCAAAAAACACGUUUGCAAACUAAAACAAAUAAAUUAUUAAUCGCAAUACCGUAGUCUGCGCGGAUAAGAACAACAGGUCUUAGCUACACUGGAACGGGUUAAUAGGUCAAUGUCAGGAUCAGUUGAUAGCCCUAAUGGCAACAGAUGCAUUGUACACGGUAUUUAAACAAACAUCAACUACGCCAAUGAUCAUGAUAGGAGUCACAGUGAUGGCUACAGCAGUGAAAAUGACGAUGACAGCGGAAAUAAGGAUAGAAGUGAUAACUGCAGUGAUGGAGGUUGUAAUGCUGGCGAUGAUGUCCGCUGUUGAUGGUGGACAUGAAAAUUGUGCAUUUGACGAUGAACCUGGAAUAAUCGUCAUCAUUAUGGAGUUGAUAUUGAUGAUGAUGAUUAUAACGGUGGCAAUGAUGGCAGUAAUAACAUUGCUGAUGGUGCUGAUCGUGGAUAUAAUUACGGCAUAAUAUUGAUGGUGGCAAUCAACAUGGUGCUAGUGAUGAAAUUGAUGAUUACGUUAGAGAUGGUGGUGAUGGUGGUGAUACCAUUGAUGAUGGUUGUGAUGCUAGUGAUGAUCAUGCUAAUUUUGAUGAUAGUUGUGUAAAUGUCAAUGGUCAUGAUGAUGAUAAUAUUAGGACUGGUGAUGCCAGAAAUUAACAUGAAUUCCAGUGGCAGUGGUUUAAAUUAUGUCCGUGUGAAUGAAAAUAGUGGUCUUGAAGGUGAUGAUUGUGAUAAUGCAGAUAAUAGUGGUACAUAUGAUAAUGAAGAUGUUGGGGAUGCAGCUUCUGUUGUUACUGCUGAUGAUGACGAUGAUAAAAAUUCUGGUGUAGAUGACGCAAUGCUGAUCCGGCUGAUGCUGAUAAAACCUGCUGCUUAUAUUGCUUCUGACGGUGUUGUAGGGUGAUGCCAGUGAUGAUGAUGACGAUGCUGACGAUGAUGAACGUGCAAUGCGUAGGCCUCGCGUCUCGACGGAGAGUGGACAGCUCGUGUUCCACACGGGCAAUGGCAAAGCCAUCGAGUUCCGUACGGGGACCGGAGGGGAAGUGCGGAUCGGGGAUAUCAGCCUCUCCGAGUCUCUGACACAGGUGCGGGCCAACCAGAAAGACAUCGUCGACCUGAAGGCCGGAGCGACGGGCGUUAAUGUGACGGCAGCGCUCCACCAGCUGGACGUCAAGAUAGAAACCCUGAAUGGCAAGGUGACCACGAUUGAGCAGGACGUGGGCCUCACGGCGUGCGGCUCCAGCCCCUGCGCGAACGGGGCGCACUGCAUCAACCUGUACAAGUCCUUCUACUGCGUGUGCCCCAGCAACUGGAAGGGCACGCGGUGCAAUGAGGACGUGAACGAGUGUCAGAUCUACACCGGCACACCCAUGGGGUGUCAGAACGGAGGCACCUGUCACAACACCCCCGGGACCUACAGCUGUACCUGCACGCCCGAGUUCACGGGUCCUCACUGCGUCACCAAGUUCGACGACUGCCAGGCCGGCUCGCAGGCGCUGUGUGUGCACGGCGUGUGUGUAGAUGGCGUCAGGAUCAACCCCAACGAGCCCCGGUUCGAGUGCAUCUGCGAGAGCGGCUACACGCAGCCCGGCGCGGGGGGGGGCCCCGCGUGCAGCGCCGACCUGGACGAGUGUGCGCAGCCCAUCCCGCCCUGCUCCUCCAACCCUCCCGUCAGCUGCUUCAACACCGUGGGCUCCUUCUACUGCGGGGCCUGCCCCAGCGGCUGGCAGGGGAACGGCUACAGCUGCACGGAUGUGAAUGAGUGCGCGACGGGGAACGGGGGGUGCUCCACGGUGCCACCCGUGCAGUGUCUCAACACCAUGGGCUCGUACCACUGUGGGCCCUGCCCCUCCGGCUACGAGGGCGACGGGCGAACGUGCACGGCCGUGGAGGUGUGCUCCAUCAACAACGGCGGCUGCUACUCGCUCGCCACCUGCACCGCCGUGCCAGGCAGCUCUCUGCCCAUCUGCACGUGUCCGCCCGGCUACUUUGGGAACGGCUACGGCCCCAACGGCUGCGUGGCGAGCAGUGGCAACUGCAACCCCAACCCCUGCGUGCACGGCCACUGCAUUGAGCAGACGACGGGCUUCGUGUGCGCGUGCGAAGCGGGCUGGAGCGGCACCAUCUGUAACCAGAACAUCAACGAGUGUGCCAGCAGCCCCUGCCUCAACGGGGGGACCUGCGUGGACGGCACCGACUCCUACACCUGCACCUGCACCAGCAGCUGGACGGGCACCAACUGCCAGACGCCCACGCAGGUGUGUGGCGGGUGGCUGUCGGGCCCCGCCGGCUCGUUCAGCUACCCCACCACUCCGGGCUCCGAGAGCUACGACCACCAGGUCAGCUGCGCCUGGGUCAUCGAGGUGGCAUCCAAUCAGGUGGUGCGCAUCACGUUCCCGUUCUUCCACCUGGAGGGAGGCUCCACCUGCCAGUUCGACUGGCUGCAGAUCCACGACGGCAGCUCCGCCUCGACCCACAUGCUGGGGAAGUUCUGCGGGACGACGGUGCCCAGCGAGCUCAUCAGCUCGCACAACACGCUCUACUUCUGGUUCCGCUCGGAUCACUCCAUCAACGCUGGCGGAUUCACCGUCGUGUGGGAGUCCCGCGCGCCCCUUUGCGGCGGCGAACUUUUGGACAACUACGGGGACUUCUCGUCGCCCGGUUACCCCGGGAACUACCCACCGAACCGCGACUGCUUCUGGACGGUGUCGGUCUCUCCCGGACUCCUCAUCACCUUCGCGUUCGGCGCGCUGCACCUGGAGACCCACCCCGACUGCAACUACGACUUUCUGGAGAUCCGAGACGGCCUCCAGGAGUCGGACCCCGUGCUGGGCCGCUUCUGCAGCUCGGGGAACCCCCCGCCCGUGCAGAGCACGGGGCCCAGCGCCCUCGUGCACUUCCACUCGGACGGCAGCGUCAGCGACCGCGGCUUCCACGUCACAUACACCACCUCGCCGUCGGACCCGGGCUGCGGAGGAACGUACACGGACAGCGAUGGGGUGCUCAUCUCGCCCAACUGGCCCAACCCCUACCCACACAACCGGCAGUGCAUCUACCUGGUGCGGCAGCCCGUGGGGGAGACGGUGGCGCUCACCUUCACCGACAUGCAGCUCGAGGGGCACAGCAGCUGCGCCUUCGACUUUGUGGAGGUGAGAGAUGGAAACUCCGAGUCGGCGCCUCUGAUCGGGAAGUACUGCAGCAGCGACAUCCCGGCACCCAUCACCUCCUCCUCGUACAGCCUGUGGCUCCGCUUCAAGUCCGACCACUCCGUGACCCACGCCGGCUUCCGCGCGCUCUACCAAGUCGCGUGCGGAGGACAGUUCAGCGGAAUGGGAGAGAUCCGCACCCCGUACCACCCCAACGCGUACCCGCACGGGCGCACCUGCGAGUACAUCAUCUCGCAGCCACAGGGCAAGUCGGUGACGCUCAACUUCCUCACCUUCGACAUCGAGAACGCCAGCGACUGCAGAUACGACUACGUCGAGAUUCGGGAUGGAGGCAGCGAGGACGCUACCCUCAUCGGCCGCUACUGUGGCACUGGGCUGCCCCCACCGGCUCAGUCCACGCAGAGCCUGCUCUACGUCAAGUUCGUGACCGACGCUUCGGUGGCCAACAAUGGCUUCACGGCACAGUACGACGAGUCCCGUGAGUCCGUCACGUGCGGUGCCACCUACACGGCCCAGCAGGGCACCGUGUCGAGUCCCGGCCACCCGACCCCGUACCCGCACGGCGCCAACUGCACGUGGCACGUCGCGGUGCAGCCCGGCUUCAUCGUGCGCCUCACCUUCACCACCUUCACGCUCGAGUACCACCAGAACUGCGCCUACGACUACGUGGAGCUCUACGACAACAGCACCACGGCCAGCGAGAGCCUCAUUGGCAGGUUCUGUGGCCGCUCGAUACCUCCCUCCAUCACCACCACCACCAACGUGCUCACCAUCCUCUUCGUGGCCGACGCCAGCAUCAGCACCGAGGGCUUCUCGGCCUCCUACGUGGCACUCAACGCAUCCACAACGUGCGGACAGGUGUUCACCGACCCGUCUGGCGUGAUGACGUCGCCCAACUACCCGGCAAACUACCCCGGCUACCGGGAGUGCAUCUACACCAUCACGGUGGGGGCUGGCCGCCAGAUCGCCCUCAACUUCACCGACUUCCUGCUCGAGGGGCCUGGCAACGGCAACUGUCCUUUUGACUACCUCGAAAUCAGGAAUGGUGGCUACGAGACGUCUCCGCUGGUGGGGAAGUACUGCGGUACGAGCGCACCGCCCCUCCUCCUGUCGCACGGGAACAAGCUGUGGUUCAAGUUCAGGACGGACGGCUCCGUGGAGGCUCGAGGAUUCUCGGCUCACUGGGACGGCACGGCCACGGGCUGCGGAGCGACGCUGACGGGCGCAACGGGAAGCUUCACGUCCCCCAACUACCCGCUGCCCUACCCGCCCAACGAAGAGUGCUACUGGCUGAUCCGCGCCUCCGCCGGCAGUCGCCUGCGCCUGACCUUCGCCGACUUCCACCUGGAGUCGCACGGGAGCUGCGCUUAUGACUACCUCGCCGUGUUCGACGGCUCGAGCGCGAAUGCGCCGCAGCUCGCCAACCUGUGCCACGACGGCAUCCCGCCGCCCAUCGAGAGCAGCGGCGACCACAUGUACGUGAAGCUGCGCACGGACGGCUCCAUCAGCGCCGGAGGAUUCUUCGCCACCUACACCCAGGUCUGCCAGGGCACGGUGAUUGUGAACCGCACACGUGGCCAUUUGGAGAGCCCCAACUUCCCCAACGUCUACCCGCACAACAGCAACUGUAACUGGCUCAUAUCGGCCACCUUGGGGAACACCGUCAACUACACCUUCAUCACCUUCCAGCUGGAGCACGUCUUCUUUGACUACGUGGAGCUCUUUGACGGCUCUGACGGCUCAGCGCCGCUCAUUGGCAGGUUCGGCGGCACGGAUCGACCCCCGGCCGGCCAGACCACGGGCCAGCACCUCUACACCACCUUCGUCACCGACUCCUCCGUCGCUUACAGCGGAUUCCAGAUGAGCUGGUACCAAAACGGCUGCGGGGGAGACCUCACGGGACCGAGCGGAGAGUUCAACAGUCCCGGCUACCCGAACAACUACCCCAACAACCGCGAGUGCCUCUGGUUCCUGGAGACGUCGCAGGGCAGCAGCGUGCAGCUCACCAUCGACGUGUUCGAGGUCGAGAGCCACCCCAACUGCAACUACGACGUCCUGGAGGUGUACGGGGGUCCCGACCUGAGCUCGGUGCGACUGGUCCAGCUGUGCCACUCGCAGCCGCCCGGCCAACCUCACCACGUGAGCAGCACAGGCAACCACAUGGUGGUGCGCUUCAAGACCGACGUGUCCGUCAGCAAGAAGGGAUUCCACGCCUCCUGGCAGGAGAGGCCUGGAGGCUGCGGCGGCAACGUGAGCGCCCCGAGCGGAGAGAUCCACUCGCCCAAUUACCCGCAGCCGUACGGCACCAACGUCGACUGCUCAUGGCUCGUGUCGGUGGCACACAAUCACCGCGUGCAGCUCGCCUUCAACACCUUCGACCUGGAGACGCACAGCAACUGCAACUACGACUACGUCGCUGUGCACGACGGCAGCAACGAGCACGCGCCGCUACUGGCGAAGCUGUGCGGCACGGCGCUGCCGCCGGCGCUCGCCGCCACGGGGAACGUGCUGUUCGUGCGCUUCCGCUCCGACGGCAGCGUGCAGCGGCACGGCUUCAGCGCCUCCUUCAGCACCGGGUGUGGGUACAGGAUCAUCGCGGACGCCGUCGGUGGUGCCGUCACCUCCCCGCUGCACCCACACAACUACCCCAGCAACCAGAACUGCAGCUGGAUCAUCGAGGCGCACGAGAACUUCGGCCACGUGACCGUGUCGUUCACGGAGAUGGACAUCGAGAACCGCGGCGCCAACUGCAGCACGGACCACCUGGAGGUGCUGGAUGGUGACAAUCCGUGGGCCCCGUCAGUGGCGCGGCUGUGCGGCCGCGACCUGCCGGCGCCCAUCACCUCGCACGGCAACGCCCUUCACCUUAACUUCGUGUCGGACAACGUGCUGGAGGGUGCAGGAUUCCGCCUCGUCUAUGGCGCCUCCUACUCAGCGUGCGGAGGGACGUUCCAUGGGGAGACCGGGGCCUUCAACAGCCCCAACUACCCUGAGCCGUACCCCUCUGACACGGAGUGCACCUGGGUGCUGCAGAGCUCUCCCGGAAACCGCGUGCAGCUCACCUUCAGGUUCUUCCAGCUGGACGGCCCGACGGCCUGCGGGGCCGAGGGCGACGGGGACCUCGUGGAGGUGCGCGAGAACAACGCGACGGGGCCGCUGGUCGGGAGGUUCUGCGGCGCGAGCCUGCCCCCCGACUACACGCUGGUGGCGAGGCACGUGCUCUGGGUCAAGUUCGUGUCCAACGGCCACGGCAACGGCGCCGGAUUCAUGGCCGAAUUCUCUCACCAGUUCGGGAACGACAUCACGGGCACCAGCGGGCAGGUGGCGUCGCCUUUGUGGCCGCGCACGUACCCGCACAACGUGGACUACCGCUGGACGAUCCGCGCGGGCGACGCGAGCGAGCGAGUGCACAUCACCUUCUUGGAGAUGGACAUCGAGGACUCCACUGUCUGCACCUACGACAAGCUCUCGGUGCACAACGGGCUUGACUCGAGCGCGCCGCUCCUCGGGACGUUCUGCGGCUUGACGCCGCCCGGCCCCCUGCGCAGCACGGGCAGCAGCAUCAGCCUCUUCUUCCACACGGACUCGUCCGUCGCCGGGCGAGGCUUCCUGGUUGAUUGGCGCGUCUUCCCGGGCGACAUCGAUCCCUCUGUGCCACCCACCAUUACCCCUGGUGCGUGCGGUGGCGAGCUGGCGGCGGGCGACGCGGCGAGGGCCAUCUUCUCGCCGGGCUGGCCCGGGGAGUACGAAGACAACCUGGGCUGCGCGUGGGUCAUCCAUGCGCCGCAGGGCCACAGCGUUCAGCUCGACGUCCUCUUCAUGGACAUCGAGAUGCACGGAUCCUGCUUGUACGACUACCUGGGCGUGCAUGAUGGCGACAGUCUCAGCUCCCCCAGGCUGGCCCGGCUGUGUGGCCGGGACCCUCCGGGCCCCCUGCACUCCACGGGCAGGUCCAUGUACCUCUACUUCUACAGCGACGUUCACACGCGCGGCCUGGGCUUCAACGCCACCUUCCGCAGCGGCUGCGGGGGCCGCUACAACGUCGACCAGGGCGUUAUCACGUCGCCCGGCCGCCCCAGCAACUACCCACCCAACAGCGACUGCGUGUGGCACGUGACGGCCAGUCCCGGCUACGUCAUCUCCACCAGCUUCACGCCGCCCUUCCAGGUGCAGGGCACCGGGGUCAACUGCGCCGGAGACUUCUUGGAGCUGCGCAACGGCGCGAACGCGACCUCGCCGCCCCUGGCGUCGUCCGGCGACGGCACGGGUCGCUACUGCGGCAACAGCCCCCCGCCCACCCUGAGCACGACGGACCGCGACCUCUACGUGCACUUCCACUCGGACGGCGGCGCGGAGAACCACGGCUUCGAGAUGCGCUUCCAAGCGCACGGCGCUGGCUGCGGCGGCGUCCUCAGCCUCACGCACCAGAGCCCAAGCAGCACGGUGACGUCGCCCAACCACCCCAACAACUACCCCCAGAACAUGGACUGCGUCUGGAUCAUCACGGCGCCGUCCGACGAGGCCAUCCAGCUGGACUUCGUGGAGCCCUUCUACAUCGAGCCCCACCAGAACUGCGUGUACGACUACCUGGAGGUGAGGGACGGCGGCAGCAACGACGCGCCGCUCAUCGCCCGCCUCUGUGGCUCCCAGAAGCCCUCGACGCAGAAGUCGAGCGGCAACGUGAUGCGGCUUCGCUUCCGCACAGACUCCAGUGUCACCCACCCCGGCUUCAAUGCCCGCUACUCCCUUGCGACGUGCGGCGGCACGGUCGUGGGCCAGAGUGGCCACGUCAUCAGCCCCAACUACUUGGUGGGCGAGUACCCCAACAACCUGAACUGCGAGUGGCAUGUGGAGGCGCUCACGGGCCACUACCUCAUCCUCACCUUCACCCACAUGGCCCUACAGAGCUCUGUCAGCUGCUCGCAGGACUACGUGGAGAUCCGCGAGUACAACUCCACCGGCCUGCUGCUGGGCCGCUUCUGCGGGCAGAACCUCCCCGCCGUCAUGGAGACGUCCGACAGCUUCGCGCACGUUCGCUUCGUGACGGACGGCGCCGGGGGCGGGGACGGCUUCGUCCUUAACUUCCGGUCGAGCGUGGACGAGUGCGGAGGGGACCUGGCGACCCCGACGGGCACCAUCACGUCGCCCAACUACCCGAACCUGUACCCGCACAGCCGCGUGUGCGAGUGGCGCAUCACGGUGCCGCUGGGCCGUCGCGUCACGCUCACCAUCCACGACUUCCUCACCCAGGACCAUCCCAACUGCGCCAUCGACUACCUGGCGGUGUACAACGGGCUGCGCGAGAACUCGCCGAAGGUGGCGCAGCUGUGCGGGGACGUGGCCUCCGGCACGCGCGUGCAGUCAUCCGGGAACACGAUGCUCGUGCGCUUCCGCACCGACGCCCACAGCUCCAGCACCGGCUUCCGCGCCACCUACCACUCGGACGAGGAGGCCGUGUGCGGGGGCCUCCUGUCCAACCCCGCCGGCGGGAAUUUCACGUCGCCCGGCUACGACGGGCAGACCAACUACGUCGCCAACCUGAACUGCGAGUGGACGAUCGAGAACCCGCGGCACGCCAACUCCUCCAUCUACAUCGAGUUCUUCGACUUCAAGCUGGAGCACCACCAGACGUGCGAGUGGGACUACAUCGAGUUCCGCGUCGACAGCGGGAGCGGGGAGCUGCUCACGCGCCUCUGCGGGCAGUCGGCGCCCGCCGUGCCGUUCGUCAUGGCGGCCCCCCAGCUGUGGGUCCACUUCCUGUCCGACCCCUUCGUGGAGGACAGGGGCUUCGCGGCGCGAUACGUCUUCACGGACUGCGGAGGUCUGCAGAUUGCCGAGAGUGGGGAGAUCUCCAGCCCCAACUUCCCCGCUCCGUACGGGAACAAGAACCGCUGCGCCUGGAUCUUGGAGGCUCCACUGGGCCACACCAUCACCCUCACCUUCACGACGUUCCACCUGGAGCCACACACCACCUGCUUGUGGGACGCCGUCUCCAUCUUCAACGGCGGCGCGCCAAGCUCGCCGGUCAUCGGCCACUACUGCGGCACGGCCGGGCCCGGCACGAUCCGCUCCGGCUCCAACAAGCUCGCCAUCCUCUUCAGCUCCGACAGCAGCGUGGUGGCCGCAGGCUUCCACGCUGUGUGGGACACCGACUCGGCCGGGUGCGGAGGGAUCAUCCACGCGGAGGACGGCAGCAUCAAGUCUCCGGGCUGGCCGAACCCCUUCCCUGCCGACUCGGAGUGCACGUGGACGCUCGUGUCCCACGAGAGCCAGCACCUGACGCUCACCUUCGACCCCAAUUUCAACAUCCCCACCUCCGACUCCUCCUGCAGCUCCAGCCACGUGCAGGUGUGGAACGGGCGGCGUGAGACGGACGAGUCUCGCCUGCUGCUGGCGUGCGGCACUACGGCGCCCAGCCCCGUCGUGGCGCUGGCGAACCGGGUCACGGUGCGCUUCCAGGCCACGGGCGCCGCCACCGCCGCCGGAUUUUCCGCCUCCUUCUCCAGCAGCUGCGGAGUGACCCUCGACGAGCCCCAAGGUCAGAUCCUGUCGCCGAGCUACCCGGCGCACUACGGCGACAACCUCGACUGCCACUACCUCAUCAACCCCGGCAACGACUUCACCAUCAUCCUCUCUUUCCAGACCUUCCAGGUCGAAGGUCACUCGACGUGCGCCUACGACUUCCUGAAGGUGUACGGCGGCACGUCGGAGAGCGGGCAGCUGCUCGCCACGCUGUGCGGCCUCACCAUUCCCGGCGUGGUGUCGGCGCACGGCCCCAUGUUCCUGCACUUCCACUCCGACCCCUUCAUCGAGGACAACGGCUUCCUCGCCGCCUACCAGGCCAUACCUUGUGGAGGGUCAUUCACGAACCCGUCGGGAUUCAUCAGCAGCCCGACGUUUGGGCAGGUCAACUACCACAACAACAUGAACUGCUCGUACCACAUCCAGGUGGCGGAGGAUCGCAUCGUUAACCUCAAGUUCAACUACAUGCACCUGGAGGCGCACUCGCAGUGCCGCUACGACUACGUGGCCGUGUACGACGGCGCCGACACCUCCGCGCCACUGCUCGGCACCUUCUGCGGCACCGAGGUUCCCCUGCAGCUGCACAGCUCCGCCCGGGACAUGUUCCUGCUCUUCGUGACGGACGCCUCCGUCACCGCCGGCGGCUGGCAGGCGGCGUACCGCACCACGCUCGGCCCGGCGCAGGGCUGCGGAGGGAUGCUCACGGGCGACACAGGAGAGCUCAGCUCACCGGACAUUAACGGCGACGGGCAGUAUGAGAAUGACCUGGACUGCCGCUGGACCGUGUCCGUGGAGCCGAACAAUCUCAUCACGCUCACCUUCAGCGCCUUCGAGCUCGAGUCGGCUAUCCAGGACACCUGCCACUACGACUACGUCUCCGUGUUCGACGGAGAGAGCGCGCUGUCCCCCAUGGUCGGCCGGUACUGCGGUUCAAUCGUGCCGCUGCCCAUCACCUCCUUCAGCAACUUCCUGCACAUCCACUUCCGCACCGACAGCUCGGUGCAGCGCGCCGGCUUCCACGCCACCUACCAGACGAGCGCCAGCGUGUGCGGCGGCGUGAUGAACGCGACGGCGCAGGCGCAGACCGUGACGUCGCCCGGCUUCCCCGACGCGUACCCCACGGAGUCGCGGUGCCGCUGGACGCUGGACGCUCCGGCGCAGGAGAGCGUGCGCGUCACCGUGACGGCGUUCAGCCUGCCGGCGCACCAGACCUGCUCCAACGACUACUUCGAGAUCCGCGACCAGCCCAUGGGAGACUAUGGACAGGUCCGCCGUUACUGCGGCACCGACAUGCGGAUCCCUGACUUCUACUCCAUCGGGCGCACGGUGCACCUGGACUUUAAAGUCGACACCUACGAGCCGGGCAAUGGCUUCAGCCUCUCAUUCCAGACUGCAGGCUGCAGCCGCGAGUACAACGCGUCGUACGGGUACUUGGCGAGCCCCGGCUGGCCGGCCGUCUACCCCCACAACAUGGACUGCACGACGGUGCUGCGCGCGCCGGCGGGCAGCCUCAUCUCGCUCUUCUUCAGCGCGUUCACGCUCGAGGCGCACCCCAACUGCGAGUUCGACUUCCUCGAGGUUCACAACGGCAGCGACGUGACAGCACCCUCGCUGGCGAAGCUGUGCGGCGCAGGGCUGCCCGACCCCGUGUUCCCGCGUGCCGACGUGCUCUUCCUGCGCUUCGUCAGCGACUUUUCGCAGGCGCUCAACGGCUACGAGAUCACCUGGACGUCAUCGCCCGCAGGCUGCGGGGGCAUCCUGCACGGAGACCACGGAUCGUUCACGAGCCCCGACUUCCCGGGCACCUACCCGAACAACUCGACGUGCGAGUGGCUCCUGGAGGUGGCCGUGCACCGGCGCGCCACGCUCCGCUUCCCCGUGUUCCACGUCGACGACCCAGGCGACUGCGAGCGCAACUACCUGAUGGUGCACGACGGGCCCAGCAUGAGCUCGCCUCCCGUGGGCACCUUCUGCGGCCAGAACGACAACAUCGCGGACUUCACUUCGUCUGGCUACCAGCUCUUCGUCCGCUUCCAGGCGGAGGGCUCCUCCGUGCCGGCAGGGUUCCGGCUCACGUGGACCAGCUCCUGAGAUGACAGAGACGGCGAUCACCACCCCUAGCGCCGUCCGUCAUCAUCACAACCACCACCAUCAUAACCACUGACCGCCGCCACCAUCAUCAUCAUCAUCACGAUCAUCAACCCACGCCGCCACCAUCACCAACAUCACCAGCACCACCACCAUAACUACGAUCUUCAACGAGCCCACUGCCGUCAUUCUGAUUACUACCACCACUACCACCAUCAUCAUCAUCGCAAUCACCACUGCCCAGACCGACGUCACCACCUCCACCAUACACACGCACGCGCGCAUUCGUGCGAGCCGACACGUGCAGCCACCUCCUCACAAGGGCACGGCACGCCCGGCCGUGCCACCCUGCACGUGGCGCAAGCUUUAGGAGGGUGUAAUACUUUCUGUAAAUAUUAAAUCCGCAAGAGAAUCGUGAUUGUGUUGAAUUUUAAAACAACUCCUCAUCCCUACCUCCCCCCCCUCCCUUUUUUUUUGUACAAACUCUGCGGCCUUUGAAUCCACAAUCUCUGUCUGCAAGCCCCCCGCCCAAACGACGCUUGCACACACCGCGAUCCCAGCGAGCAGUGCGAUAGCCGCUGAGCCGCUGAGCGCACGGACCACGCAGUUCAAAUCCCUUCACCGCCAUCAUGGAUCACUCGACGAUUUUCACGGUUGGCUACGUAUGGCGCGAAAGAAGUUCAGCACGCGUGCACAUGCAUACAAUUAAUAAACAUUAAACAGCUGUGCAAUCUGCUGUUGUGAGCGCG